GCCUCGCCGAGCUCCCAGCCGCUCGCCAGCCCCUGCGCCCGCUCCAGCCGCGCCGCCCGCCCGCCCGCCCGCCGCCACCAUGAGCCAGUCCUACUCCUCCAGCCAGCGGGUCUCUUCCUACCGCCGCACCUUCGGCGGCGCCUCCCCGGUCUUCUCCCGCGCCUCCUUCGGGGGCAAAGGCAGCGGCAGCUCCGUCACCUCCCGCGUCUACCAGGUGUCCCGCACCUCGGCCAUGCCCAGCCUGUCCAGCUUCCACACCACCCGCGUGACGCCUCUGCGCUCCUACCAGAGCGCCUACCAGGGCGCCGGGGAGCUGCUGGACUUCAGCCUGGCCGAUGCCAUGAACCAGGAGUUCCUGCAGACCCGCACCAACGAGAAGGUCGAGCUGCAGGAGCUCAAUGACCGCUUCGCCAACUACAUCGAGAAGGUGCGCUUCCUGGAGCAGCAGAAUGCCCUCAUGGUGGCCGAGGUGAACCGCCUGCGGGGCAAGGAGCCCACUCGCGUGGCCGAGAUGUAUGAGGAGGAGCUGCGGGAGCUCCGGCGCCAGGUGGACGUGCUCACCAGCCAGCGGGCUCGUGUCGAGGUCGAGCGUGACAACCUGCUUGACGACCUGCAGAAGCUCAAGCAAAGGCUGCAAGAGGAGAUCCAGCUGAAGGAGGAGGCUGAGAACAACCUGGCUGCCUUCAGAGCCGACGUGGACGCAGCCACGCUGGCACGCAUCGACCUGGAGAGACGCAUCGAGUCCCUGCAGGAGGAGAUUGCCUUCCUCAAGAAGGUGCACGAAGAGGAAAUCCGGGAGCUGCAGGCACAGCUGCAGGAGCAGCACAUCCAGGUGGAGAUGGACAUCUCCAAGCCGGACCUGACGGCUGCGCUGCGAGACAUCCGUGCCCAGUAUGAGAACAUCGCUGCCAAGAACAUCGCUGAGGCCGAGGAAUGGUACAAGUCCAAGGUGUCUGACCUGACGCAGGCGGCCAACAAGAACAACGACGCACUGCGGCAGGCGAAACAGGAGAUGUUGGAAUACCGGCACCAGAUCCAGUCCUACACCUGUGAGAUCGACGCCCUCAAGGGCACGAAUGACUCGCUGAUGCGCCAGAUGCGGGAGAUGGAGGAGCGUUUCGCCGGGGAGGCCAGCGGCUACCAGGACACCAUUGCGCGGCUGGAGGAGGAGAUCCGGCACCUCAAGGAUGAGAUGGCCCGGCACCUGCGGGAGUACCAGGACCUGCUCAAUGUCAAGAUGGCUCUGGACGUGGAGAUCGCCACAUACCGCAAGCUGCUGGAGGGCGAGGAAAACCGGAUCAGCAUCCCCAUGCACCAGACCUUCGCUUCUGCCCUUAAUUUCCGAGAGACCAGCCCAGAGCAGCGUGGCUCGGAAGUGCACACCAAGAAGACCGUGAUGAUCAAAACCAUUGAAACCCGCGAUGGGGAGGUGGUGAGCGAGGCGACCCAGCAGCAGCAUGAAGUGCUGUAAAGGACGCUGCCCACCGACAUCUUCCACCCCCGCCUCCGCACCGCCGCCGCCCGGCGCCGAGCCCCGGCCCGCUGCCCCCGCCCCAUCCCCCCGCCCCCGGCCCGCUCCCCCUCCGGCGCUCGCCCCGGCACUGCCCGAGGGACCCUGCGGCGCGGCACCGCCGGGCGCCCCCGGCCCCCCGCCCGCCCGCCCGCCCGCCCGCCGGCCUCUCCCCUUCGGCUCCGAAACGCGCGCUCUGCUUUGGCGGCUUUGCAGCGGGAACGGCAGCGUCAGGAUCAGGGCUGCGCCCGGGGCGGCGCCGGGCGCGGGGGGCGGCGCGGGGCGGCGCGGCGCGGCGCGGCGCGGGGGGAGCAGGUGGUGGCCCCUGCCAGCUCCCCGGGGAGCCGGACGGUCCCAGCAGCAGGUUCUGGAUCCCCCCGCGCCCCUGAACGCCCUCCCCGUGCCCACGCCGGGCACCGAGCUGGGGGCCGUCCUGCAGGAGCAGGGACCCGUCUCCCCGCGCCGGCACUGCUGGCCUCCUCGGAGCUGGUAUUUCUCCUGGCAGAAGGCAGUGAUGCUGGGCACAGGGAGGAGCUGGGGACGGGCCGAGCCCCGCCACGGCCCCUCGAGCCUGGCUUGAAGCCAGGGUGCUCCCGGCCCGCGUCGCCCCCCACCCGGGGGGCCAGAGAGCAGGGCUGCCCCCUGCCCCGGAGGCAGCCCCGCGGGGCGGAGGGCAGCGCCUGCCCCCCCGGGCUCGCCGCAAGGGCUCUGCCGGCGGCUGCCCCUCGGCGGGGGCUGCCCGGCGGCGGCCCCGCUGUGCGCCCCCUCGCUGCCGGGGGGCCGCGGGGGUCCCCGGCCGCGGGAGGCUGUGCCGGCGGCGGGCUCGGUGAGCCUAGAGAGAGGAAACCCGUAGGUGGACACAGGCGAGAGGAGGAGUGUUGAGUGGGAGAGAGGGGGGAGAGAGAGAGAGAGGAGCCGGAGAGAGGCCCAGGGGCCGGCGGGCGCCCCCCACCCCUCGCCCCACUGCACCCCCCACCCCACCGCGUGUACGUGACUCUUACAGGCGGCUGAAUAAACUGCGGAGCAUGA